AUGGCGGGGCUCUGCCGCCGCUGCCCUCCCCUGUCCGUGCCCCUGCCCGUACCCCUGGGGCUCUGCCCGCUGCUGCUGCUGCUGCUCCUGCCGCCUCUCGCCGCCGGCUCCUGGAGCCCGGCCGUGCUGCAGCCCGCUGCCCGCAGCAACUGGUGCUCCUACACAGUGACACGGACCGUGUCAUGCCACGUCCAGAAUGGCACCUUCCUCCAGAGGGUCUUCCAGGGCUGCCGUUGGCCCCUAGCCUGUGGUGGGGGCAGCAGCUACCGCACCAUGGUCCGGCCCAUCUACAGGGUGACCUACAAGACGCUGACAGCGCUGGAAUGGAGGUGCUGCCCCGGGCACUCCGGGGCCAACUGUGAGGAAGAGGCUCACACCUUCCUCGCCCUGCGGGACACCAGGCACCCCAGCACAGCCCCACGCUGGCCCCCCCUGCGCCCCACGGCUUUCUCAGGGUGCCUGAACUGCAGCCACGUCGGGGAGCUGACAGCCCGGCUUGCCACCCUGGAGGCACAGGUGGCCCGACUGUCAGUGGCUGAACCCCCAGCACCCAAAAGCAGCACUCUGGGCAGGGGGGCAGACACUGGGCAGCUCUGGGGGUCCCCUGCUGCCCGUGGGAGCCCCGGAGAUGAUGGGAAACCCAGCUCACGGGGCCCCCCCGGCCCCAAGGGAGACGUGGGAGGCCGGGGACCGUCGGGUGUUCCUGGGGCGAAGGGUCCAGCAGGGCCACCAGGUCCCCCUGGUCCCCCAGGGCCCCCCGGCCGGGAUGGAGCAAGGGGACUCCCGGGAGAGAAGGGGUUACCCGGGCCCCCCGGCCCCCCCGCCCCUGUGGGGCCGGCGAUACCUCGCAUAGUCGAGCCCAGGGACCCGCUCCUCUCCAACACCUUCAUUGAAGCUGCUGGGGGCAUCGUGGGGCCUGCCGGACCCCCCGGACCCGUGGGGCCGAUGGGUCCUCCUGGCCCCCCAGGUCCCAUUGGGCCACCUGGCCCCCCAGGACCUGAUGGUAGAGCUGGGGCCCCCGGAGCUGCUGGCCCCCCCGGGGAGAAGGGGGACAGGGGUCCCCAGGGCCACCCGGGCAGCCGUGGGCAGGACGGGGCACAGGGUGAGCCAGGCCCCAGGGGCAAGCCGGGCGAGAAGGGCACUUGGGCCAGUAGCUUCCAAACCCUCCUGCGGCAGCAGGCCCGGCUAGAGGUCCUGGCUAGAAGGGUCACCUUGCUGGAAGCCAUCAUCUGGCCAGAACCAGAGGCUGGCUCGGGCAGUGACCCCCCCGGCACGGUGGCCCCCGGUGCCCCCCGUGCCAAGCGUGGCAGCGGCCACCCCCCGUACCGCAUCGUGGCCCCCCGCCAGCGGCACCCCAGCCACCAGUGA